GUGUCCGUAAUCAGCUGAAGACGUAAGGUCAAGGGUUAUUGCAUAAUUGCAAAUUGCAAAAGCUGAACUUCCUAAAGUUGGCUGUGGCCGAUUUUUGAUUUUUGUGUGAAAUAAUUUCGAUUUAUUUCGUAAAGGUGAUGUGAACAGAUCAAGGGUGCUUUGAAAAUAUACUGAGGAGAUUUCGGAGUUAAUUAAGAGUAUAAAUGAAGUAUCAUGUUUCCUGAGGCUGAAGCUAGUGAAUCGAUAGAAGCUACAUCAACCGAAGCCAUGGGUGGACCAGCGAUUGGUACGCUGGACAUCUUUCUCCUCAGUCUGAGUGUAGGAGUGGGGGUCUACUGGUUCUUCUUUAGGAAGAAGGCAGAGAACAAGACAGAGGGACUCGUUAAUCCCAUUACAAGUUCCUCUAUGACAAUGAGCUCAAACAGUGGGUCAGGAUUUAUCACGAAAAUGAAGUCAUCUUCUAGGAACGUGGUAGUGUUCUAUGGUUCUCAGACGGGUACAGGGGAAGAGUUUUCAGUUCGGCUGGCCAAGGAAGCCCAGCGUUACGGUCUGAAGGGCAUGGUAGCAGACCCCGAGGAAAACGAGAUGGAGGACUUGUCCCAACUAGCUGAUAUAGAGAACUCACUUGCUAUCUUCUGUGUGGCUACGUAUGGUGAAGGAGACCCAACAGAUAAUGCUCAAGAGUUCUACGAUUGGUUACAGGACGGCAACGGUGACCUCUCAGGGGUCAAGUACACUGUGUUUGGCCUUGGCAACAAGACCUAUGAACACUAUAAUGCCAUGGGCAAGUAUUUGGACAAACGAUUAGAAGAGCUUGGCGGAGAGAGGAUAUUUGAACUUGGAUUGGGAGAUGAUGACCAAAAUAUUGAGGAAGAUUUUGUGACAUGGAAGGAUCGUUUCUGGCCUGCAGUCUGUGAAUAUUAUGGAUUAGAAGCAACGGGUGAUGAAUCAAACAUACGUCAAUAUGCCGUGACAGAACACACCGAAGAUGUCCCUGAGAAGGUGUUCAGUGGUGAAGUGGCCAGGCUUAAUGCAUUCAAGAACCAAAAACCACCAUACGAUGCCAAGAACCCAUACCUGUCAGCAAUCACAGUCAAUCGUGAGCUUCAUCAAGGUGGUGACAGGUCCUGUAUGCACAUUGAGUUUGACAUCUCAGGAUCAAGAAUCAGGUAUGAGAGUGGUGAUCAUGUUGCUGUAUAUCCCACUAAUGAUCCUGAAUUGGUUGCUGCCAUCGGUAAAAUCCUGGAUGCUGAUCUGGAUACAGUCUUCACCCUGACCAAUGUUGAUGAGGAGGCCAGUAAGAAGCAUCCGUUCCCCUGCCCUACCAGCUACCAGACUGCCUUUUCUCAUUACCUGGACAUCACCUCAUGCCCUAGAGCCAACGUCCUGAAGGAGAUCUCAGAGUAUGCCACCGAUCCUGCAGACAAGGAGAAGCUCCUCCUCAUGAGUUCAGCUACGCCAGAGGGCAAGAAAGAAUACAGCGACUGGGUGACCAAAUGCCAUCGGAACAUCGUGGCCAUCUUGGAAGACCUUCCUUCUGUCAAGGUUCCUUUGGACCAUCUGUGUGAACUGCUUCCUCGUCUCCACGCUAGAUACUACUCCAUCUCAUCGUCUCCAAAGGUGAGCCCCGACAGGAUAUCCAUCACUGCUGUCCUCAUCCGCUACACCACACCCACCGGAAGGAUAGGGAAGGGCGUGGCCACCAACUGGCUCAAAGAUAAGAUCCCUAACGGGCCCGAGACCACCCCCUUCAGGGUACCCAUCUACGUGCGCAAGUCUCAGUUCAGGCUGCCCUUCAAGACCACCACGCCUGUCAUCAUGGUUGGACCUGGGACCGGUCUGGCUCCAUUCAGGGGCUUCAUCCAAGAGAGGGACUUCUACAGGAAGGAUGAGACCAAGAAGGUCGGUGACAGCAUCCUGUUCUUUGGCUGUCGCAAGAGCACCGAAGACUACAUCUACAAGGACGAACUGGACGAGUACCUCAAGAACGGAACCUUGACGAAUGUCCAUGUGGCCUUUUCCCGAGAGACCGAAGAGAAGCUCUACGUGCAGCACCUGAUGAAGAGGUGUCAGAAGCAGAUCUGGGGCAUGCUGGAGAAAGGCAGUCAUAUCUAUGUCUGUGGUGAUGCUCGUUUCAUGGCACCCGACGUCCAGCGUACCAUCCGUGAGAUCAUCUGUCAAGAAGGAGGCAAGACGCAGACAGAGGCGGAGGAUUACAUCAAGAAGAUGCAAUCAAAGGGACGCUAUUCCUGUGAUGUCUGGAGCUAGUCUUUAACUGUCUCCAAAUCUACUUUCGUAAUAUUAAUUAUUUUAUAUCCCCAUACCCAGCUUUGCAUUUGAUAUGUUGCUCUCGUGUUGGAAUCAUGCUUAGCUCUGUUCACAUAUGAUAUAAUUUACAGCCUUAAAAAAAGGUGUAGGGGAAAUAUAUGAUGUUCUAUACCUCAUCAGUGUUCUACAGGAUUUCAAAUACCAUUAAUUACAAGACUUUUCAAGACUUUUCCUGGUACCCGCUUUUGUAGAAACACACCAUUAUCGGAUUAUAAUGCUAUGGAAUCGCGUACCCAUCAUGAGAGAUAGUAUUUUCGGGAUAUGCUUGUUUGAUGUCGCAUGACACAAUGCAUUUCUACAUGCAUUGCCCACCUUGAGACACCAGGGGGGCGUUUCACAAAACUUUUCAUCAGUGACAAAUGACAAUUUUUGUUCUAAGCUAGUGAACUCCUUGCUACUGAUUGGUUAUCAGCAGAUUUGUCACUGAUUUUUGUCAUUUGUCAUGAAAAAAAAGCUUUGUGAAACAGGUCCCUGGUGUAUCCCAUAAAGUCUGCUAAAUCUGUUAACUGCACUUCUCUAGAAAAAGAUAUUCUGAUACUUCUGUUACUUACCAGAUCCAUUCUGAAUAUAGCACACCAUUACUCUCUGGGUAGCUUACAGAAUUAUGCUGUAUGUUGAGAGCAGUUACUCACCUCCACUUUUUUUGCGGCAGCAGUAUGUCUGAGGAGGUUUUCUGCAUCGCGUGUGAAUGAAACCUAAGUAGCAAAUUCUUAUCCCCCAUAGAAUUGAAACCAUUGAAAAUGAUUAUGAUGAUUUAUUAAAAAAGAAAUAUAUUUGAAGAAUUCUGAAGAAGGGAUUGAAUCGCGUACCGGUAUCAUGGGCAGCCCUAAGUGUGACAGACACUAGUUCGGUUCUCGAACCUACUAUCAGUCUUCUCUAAGGAGUUGUUCACUGGUAAUGGUAUCAACUGAAAUUAGAGUAAUAAUCAUAAAGAUAGAGUUUAUGAUUAAUAUAAAGAAGUUAGUUAUAGCACAGGGUGUUUGGAUUAUUAAGUACUUUGACUUUUAAGAAUUAUUGAGAAAAUUAUUGUAUUUAUAGUAGAACUUUAAAAAAAAA